ACGUAAAAGUGUUUUACUGGUGAAAUAAACAAAGCAAUUACGUUUAUAUAUAUUAGGGGAAAACGCAAACAACAACACACAUUGAACGAGAGCGAUACCAAUCUCGCUUUCCAGUAAUGGCGGUACUUCACAGCAAUUGGGUCAAGCUUGAUCAAAGAGGAACCUCACAAGGAGCAAGAAGUUCACAUGCUAUUGCCGUAGUAGGACAUAAGGUUUAUGCAUUUGGGGGUGAGUUUGUGCCACGUGUCCCUGUCGAUAACAAAUUGCACGUGUACGACCUAGAUACUUUGACAUGGUCUAUUGCUGAUGUAUCUGGUAAUACCCCGCCGCCACGUGUCGGUGUCACAAUGGCUGCAGUUGGAGAAACAAUCUAUGUAUUUGGUGGAAGAGAUGUUGAACACAAAGAACUCAAUGAACUCUAUUCUUUUGACACUAAGACCAACAAUUGGGCCUUGAUUUCAAGUGGAGAUAUUGGGCCUCCUCACCGGAGCUACCACUCCACGACCGCUGAUGACCGACGUGUGUAUAUUUUUGGUGGUUGUGGAGUCGCCGGAAGGCUCAAUGAUUUAUGGGCCUUUGAUGUUGUUGAUGGCAAGUGGGUUGAAUUUCCUUCUCCUGGUGACAAUUGUAAGGGAAGAGGUGGGCCGGGCUUAAUAGUGGCUCAAGGAAAAAUAUGGGUUGUGUAUGGUUUCGCUGGAAUGGAAACGGAUGACGUACAUCGCUUUGAUCUGGCCCAUAAGACAUGGGCCCAAGUGGAAACAAGUGGGCAGAAACCAACGGCCCGCAGUGUGUUUUCCACUUGUUUGAUUGGGAAACACAUAAUUGUAUAUGGUGGGGAAAUUGACCCAAGUGAUCAAGGUCACAUGGGUGCUGGUCAAUUUUCCGGUGAAGUUUAUGCGUUAGACACUGAAACAUUAUCAUGGACAAGGUUGGACGAUAAAGUAGAAUCAGGUGGCCAUCCAGGGCCCCGUGGGUGGUGCGCAUUCGCUAGUGCUAGUCGAGGCGGCCAAGCAGGAUUAUUGGUAUAUGGUGGCAACUCUCCUAGUAAUGACAGGCUUGAUGACAUUUUCUUCCUUGCUCUUGCUCAAAGUUAGUUGUUGCAUAAAGUUAGUUGUUGCAUAAUGUGUGAUGAAUUGUAGGUGUAUGUAGUUGUGAUAAGAGGACAAUAUUGCAUGUGAACUUAGGUUUGUUUAUGUUUGUGAAUGUCCUUGUGUGUUGGAAUAAAAUGGCAACAGAUGUGUGACGAUUGUUGAAUGGAUGAUUUAGUGGCUUAGUUAUUUUUGUCUCUUGAAUUGGGCUUUCUAAUUUCAUGUUGGCUGGUUUGAAAGCUUUGUUUUUUUUGUUUAAUCUGUUUCAGCAAACAUGUUGAAGAGUAUUAAGAUUUUUUUC